UGCUCUUUAAGGAGAUGAAAGGGGGGUCGGAGGCACGGGCUGGAUUGUUAUGGGGAAAAGUAACGAUCUUUUUUACGCGACCGCUGCUCGUUACGCGCAGAAUGAGUUGCUCGAGCGCGUGGCAUCGGGGCCUGUCGCAAAACUGUAACACUGCAGGUUGAAUGCUUACUUUUUAUUUGUUAGCCACGCAAGCUAGCUUUUCCUGAACGUACGGGGUCAGGAUCCAGAGAAAGACCGUCGGCAGUGCUCUGUGUGUGUGUGUGUUUGUGUAGGAGUAGCCUGCUAUAAUGCCAUUUCCUACCUAGGUGGACUCGUAGUUUGUUUUAUUACAAUGUCUGUUUAUUUUGAAGCGUAGCUUUUAAGUUCAAAAAGGGCUAACUUGGCAACAUUCACAUAAGUCUUUCAGGACAACUUCCCAGGUUGAAAACAAGUUCACUUUGACAUGUCACGCUAUAAAACAAUGUGCUAGCGUGGGCUUAGUUUUACCUUCACGUUCACCAUUUGCUUUGUAAACCAAAAUACGCAGUAUUAUUAUUGCAUGAAAAGCUCUUAUUAAAGCUCUGAGAGCUCUAAAGCUCUUUUUAUGCAUUUAAAAAUAUUCAUGCAUAUCAAUGAGUUUAAAAAACUAAAUAUUCUGUUCCUAUUCAUGAGUGUGUGACAUCCUUCAGAAGAGACCUUCGGAUUGUAUUUGCGUAUCUUUGUUUUGCUGAUUUUGCUGGUAAACAGGAAACUGUUGUUUGGCUUGCACUUAAGAAGUUUUCGAAAAUGAAGGCAAAUAUGAGUGGGAUACUUAAGAAGUGAGGAGGUUUGCAAGUCCUAAUACAGUGCCUUUUGUCUGAACCGUACUUAUAAGGCCUGUACGAUUGUUCCCAUUGUUUCUUAUUUCUUUUUUUUUUUUUCCUCCUCUGUCAGUUGUCCAAAGGGUUAGUAAAAUGAAUGACGGUAAUGGCGCGGCCAGUGAACCAUAAAGAAGUCGAAAACAAUAUCAGCUGCGUGGAUCUGUCAGUUGCAAAUGUGCUGUGCUGGCCUUUGUUUAUGGUUACUGGAAGGAGAGGGGGGGAAAAAAAACUUGAGGGUAUUUAAAUUCUCAGUGCAGGAAACUAGGUUAGAAAAAAGUGUCGGCUUUCAGACGGACCCAUUUCCAAGUUGUUCUUUGCCGAGAGAUUACAACUGAAGGGGGGAAUUGGCUAGUUUUCUACAGAAUCACCUCACAACACUUCCCUUCCUCCCGUUUUUUAAAGGGGGGGAAAGAGAAACAAAGUUGUAUAAAGGAGAGGCUGGUGGCAAGAGUGUAGAGGAGUAGCAUAUGGCACUAAAAGGAGCACAGCUGGAGGUAGCAUUUCCAUCUGAACAUGAUGUCAGAGCAGCUGACAGGCUGCCAUCCCCCAGUCUUUUCUUCUAACGCACAGACUGGGAGUUAGUGUGUGUGCGGAUCUGUGUGCAGGAGGAGGCAUCGCAUUCCCCUCCAACAUCUCCUCCACUUUGCAUCUGUCCCUCACAGUUUGAUUUUCUCUCUCUUUCUCUCGCGUCUCUACCCUUUCAUUGAUUCGGCGGCGAAGGGAGUUACAGCCGGCGCUACCACAACAGUGGACUUAAUCAAGUUGAUGCGUACUGCAGGUUAUGAAGACAGCAUGGAGUUUCCAGACCACAGCAGACAUUUGCUACAGUGUCUGAGCGAGCAAAGGCAUCAGGGAUUCCUUUGUGACUCCACUGUGCUGGUCGGUGAUGCCCAGUUCCGAGCCCAUCGUGCAGUGCUGGCUUCAUGCAGCAUGUACUUCCACCUCUUUUACAAGGACCAGCUAGACAAAAGGGACAUUGUUCAUCUGAACAGCGACAUUGUCACGGCCCCGGCCUUCGCUCUCCUGCUUGAGUUCAUGUACGAAGGAAAGCUCCAGUUCAAAUCGCUUCCAGUGGAGGAUGUGCUGGCUGCUGCCAGCUACCUCCACAUGUACGACAUCGUCAAGGUGUGCAAGAAGAAGCUCAAGCAGAAGGCCACGGCUGAAGCCGACAGCACCAAGCGGGAGGAGGAUGCCUCCAGCUGCUCGGACAAGGUGGAGAGCUUUUCGGAAGGUGGAAGCACGGGCCGGCCAGCCACCGCCGACCUGCUGCAGAGCGACGAUGAGGACAUGGAGAACAAGCGGGACAGCCCUCAGGAGCCGGGGAGCAUGUGGAUGCGCCUGCCUUCCGACCGGACCGCGUCUCCAACCACUAGCCCCAGGGAGGCGGAAACACACGGCCCCGACACCGGCAAGUCUCCUGCCGGCAGCCCCAGCAGCUCCACCGGCUCCCUGUCCCGUCGCUCAGCAGUGUCUCGGAGAGUCUCCGCUGAUACCGACUGCGUGCUUGACCUCUCUGUCAAGUCGAGUCUGGGCGGAGGUCCUGGGGAGAGCAUGGCCGGCAACCCUUACUUCUGCAGCUCCGUGACCCCAGACAGCCUCCAGAGCGCCCUGGUUCAGGUCAAGGUGGAGAAGGACACGGGCUCGGACGAUGACGAGCUGGUGAGCGGCGACUACGAGAUGGAGCACAGCGGUGUGAAGGAGCCACCCAGCACCAACGGGACUCACCUCAGCCUCGUGGCGCAACGGAGGCUGGGCCUGGAGGCUCACCUCUCGGCCCUGCGCGAGGCCUCGCUGGCCAGCGAGCUGGAGCGGGACGACAAGGGAGGCGAUGACGACACCGACGUCCUAGGAGGGGACAGCGAACGAGCGCAGGAGGCCGCGGGGGUCGAGAACUCCCUGUUGCCUUACGUCUCCAGUAUGCUGGGGGCUCCACACACUCAAAUCUUCAUGUGCCCCUUAUGCAACAAGGUCUUCCCCAGCCCACACAUCCUGCAGAUCCACCUCAGCACGCACUUCCGCGAGCAGGAAGGCGUACGGUCCAAGCCGGCCGGCGACGUCAACGUCCCCACCUGCUCCAUCUGCGGCAAAACCUUCUCCUGCAUGUACACGUUAAAGCGCCACGAGCGGACACACUCGGGCGAGAAGCCCUACACAUGCACUACUUGCGGCAAGAGCUUCCAGUACUCGCACAACCUGAGCCGACACGCCGUCGUGCACACGCGCGAGAAGCCGCACGCCUGUAAGUGGUGCGAACGGCGCUUCACGCAGUCAGGGGACUUGUACCGACACAUCCGCAAGUUCCACUGCGAACUGGUCAACUCGCUCUCGGUCAAAAGCGAGGCGCUCAAUCUACCCACGGUCAGAGACUGGGCAUUGGAAGAUAGUUCUCAAGAACUGUGGAAAUGAAAGCUAAACUGAUUGCAGACUGUUUGAACUGCUUGUUAAAUUAAUGAGAGAUCUGAGUGGCAUUUUGUUGGGGCAGAGAGAGGUGAAGGUAAGAGUGAGGCGGAGGAAGGGUCUGAAUCAGUCAUUUUUCUUGUAUGUACAUUGCAAAUCUUGUUGAAUUGCACUUUACUAGCACAUGAAAAUGUUACUACUGAUUUUCUUUUAAUAUAUUUUCUGGUCUCCUUAGGGUCUCUCUUUUUUGUUUUUUGUUUUUUUCCUGUUCUUCUUGGGUUUUUAUAAAACAUGGGUGCUGGUCUCAGUAACCAACUUUGACAGAAAAAUGAUUCAUUGGGAUUUUCAACUGUAUAUAAGUUACAGUAUUUGUAUAUGCUCCUAAAUUUCAAGGAACAUCUGCCAUGAAAAGCAUAUGAAGAUUUCAGGUAAUAGACAGGAGUUUAAAACUAAGGACACACUAAACGGGUACUACGGUCAUAUAUUUACCUGUACACACUCGCCUCUUGUUUGAGUAUGUGUGUGUAUUUAUAUAUAUAUAUAGUGCACUACUAUAAUUUGCAGAUAGCAUACCUGAUGUAUGACUGUGGCCGUGCGUGCAUGUGCAUCCGUGCGCAUACGCACACGUACACACGUAGUGUGUGAGCAGGUCAGUCCUUUAAAUCCCACGAGGAAGCUCUAAGCUCGCGUUACUUAAGCUCUUGUACAUUUUUGACUCGUUAUAGGAAACUUGACUGAUGGAAGACAAACAAGGCACUCAUGCAAUGUACAGCCUCCUUUUUUCAUAUCAGUUGCCGCAUUUUUUUCUAUCCUUUCUUAAUAUGAUUUGAAGUCAUUUUCGCGUUUUAGUUGCGGUCACUCGUUUGCUACUGAGGUUGGGUUUUACAUCGGCUGCAUUUCUAGAGAUUUCUGUAGUGUUUUAUUAAGAUUUUUCGUUUUUAAAACGGAAUCUGUUGUUGCAUGAUGUCUGACCUGUAUAUUGAAAAAGAUGUGACUUGCUGUAUUGCUGUACACUGUAAUUGACUGAUUGAUUACAGUCAGGGCACCUGUCUGUUGAGAAAAAAAAGUACCUUUAAUAUUACCGCUGUAGAAAUUGCAUGAAUUUUAUUUAACUUACUCUUUUUUCGUUGUUGUUUUGCAUCAGAGAGUGUAUUUUUUAAUUAACUCAUUUGAUUCCUUGGUAGACUUUUGCGUUUUUUCCUCUCAUUAGAGAAUGAAUCGGGGGUUCUGGUGAGGUGUGUUUUAUUUUUUUUUCUGGGCUGUGAAGAUUGUGGAAAUGCACUGACGUUAGGCUGCAGUAUCUACGCACGCGGCGACGCGUUUCGGUUCGGGCUCGCUGUAGGAUUCGGAGGUUAACGAGGGGCCAGGUGUCAGCAGAGGCAGGAUCGCUACGUUCAUUGUUCAGAAGGCUAGCGUGGCUCCUGCUAGCAUCUCCUCGCGCGCUGCUCUUCCCAGUGCUGGGUCCUCAACUGCUGUUUGUCUCAGUGUCCUGUUUACUGGCUGUUGUCAUUUGAAUCAUGUCGGCUCUGUUUGUAAUUUAUUUAUUUAUCUUUUCAAUUGGCACUUGCUUCAGAUUCGAUUGCCAUGAAGACACAUUUGCGUGGCUGAUGGUACAGCUCUUCUUUAUGGGUGUCCUCAGCAGCGCACAUCUAUUUGGAGAAAGCUGAAGGAUCUUUAAACAGCAUAAAGCUCGACACACUCUGAUCUGAGUGGUUUGUGUGCGUGUGUUUGUGUUCAAUACAUAAGUCGUUUUUGGUUUUUUCGGUCACUAGAACGUGUUUGGCAAGGUUGGGUGCACCUUUGACGCUUAAUGAAAUUAGAAUGAUGUGCAAAAGAGGCCUUUAUGAAAUGUAUACGCUUAAUUAUUAACCUAAUUGAAUUUGUUACACUGAAAAAAAAAGAUCUAUAAAUUUGUGAUUGUUCACUUUUUGAAACGUUUGUGAUUUUUGUUUUUCUUUUAAUUUGCAAAAUGAUGUUUCCUUUGUUAAGAAUGUUCUGUUUAUUUUGUUUGUUUGUCGGUUUGUUUCACAAAAAAAGCUAUUUCAUUGUCAAAUCCAGAGAAAUAAAAAGCAAAGAAAAAUGAAAAACAUAUGGCUUAGCGCUGUAGACAUAGAUCAGUCACUCACAUAGUGCUGAAAUGCUUGAACUACUUUAGUUAGAGAGGGCCGGGGGGCUCCGCACAUGUUUCGAGCAGGACAGGAGUGUGCGGCACACGGGCCUACGCAGGCCUCAGGAACUGUCCUACCGUAUAUUUGGCUGGUGCAACGGCUAGUGAAAAGGUUGAGCUUUGCCAACAGCGCACGCUCCUCAUGGCGUUUUGCACGGUGGUACUUUUACCUUUUGCACUCGAAAAUGUGACAGAAAAAAAAUGUAUCAACUAUGGGGUUGAUUUGUUUUCUAUGCUUUCUUUUUCUUUACGUUUUUUGUUGGCUUCUAUUGUACUUGACCGCCUUAAACUACUGUUAUCAGCUUAUACUCAGAGGGUGAAAACUGGAAACUCGCUGGAAUACUGGAUGUCUUUCUUUGACUUAUUUUGUUCGUUGGAAAUGAAGCUGUGAAUGGCCUAUGAAGCAUAUCCAUAAAUUAGACACCCCUUUAGUUUACUUGAAACCCAGGAACCCCAGUGUGAAGAACAACUCAAACUGUCAAAUUCAAACUUGGUGGCUAAUGAGUAUGGGAAAGAAAAUAAAUAUCUGUUGAAUUCAAGGACAAUCGCUGUCUGGAUGGAGAAAAAAAAAAAAAAGAAGAAGAAAAUUCAACUUCACAUGUAAUUGCUUCCCUUCUGAGAUUUUUUUGCUAUGUUGACAUUGUUCUUUUUAUGGAUUUAGACAUUUAGCUUUGACAAUCAUAGUAUGUUUCAUUUUCUCAAGGGAAGUAAAUUAUGAGGCUGUUUAGUUUUGUACUUUUGGUGUGCUGUUGGUGAAAUUUUUAAAUUGUGUGCAAACUGCAAUAAAUUAUAAGAACCUUAA